AUGUCUUUGGUGACGAAAACGUUAGCGGUUUUUUUCAUAUCUUCAAAUUUUAUACAAGUUAUACCGAUUCAAUUGCAACAAGGUGAAGAGUUUAAAGAAAAUGUAGUGGAAGAUUCAUCGUUGAAUGAAUGUAUCAGCGUUCAAAGGAAAACUGAACUUGGAUACUGCUUUGGAAAGGAGAUAUUGAAUAAUCUCAAUCAGUUCAAUGAACAAGAUAGCUUUAGUUUGGCUACAGGUGUAUCAUUUGUAAGAGAUGAGAAAACUCCGAGAGAUUUUGCAAGCUUUUUGGAUAAGGACCCUAUGGAUUUCCGUGCUAUGAUGGAGGACGCCAGCAAUCUCAUCUCCAAGAGGUCAUUGCUCUGGGAUCUGAGUGCGUUGUACCCAGGUCUAGUAAUGAGAGUCGGGCCAACCUUGGCCAAUGGUGUUUUGGAGUUUGUCAUGGACCCAAGGGUGAAGGAUAGAGCGUACCACCAACAUCCCCAUGAAGUCUCUACCGGUCGCCUUCUAGCACGAAAUUUAUUAGUACCAUUUUUACUCGGCUUUAAAUUCCAAUUAUCAACAUUACUACCCCUCAUAUUGGGUGUACUAUUGAUUGCCAGCAAAAAAGCAUUUCUGCUAGCUAAGUUAGCACUACUGGCUGUGACAGUGUUCGGAGGUGGUUCCAGUUUCGGGGGGUCCUACGGUGGGGGGUCUUACGGAGGUUUUGGUGGUCCUACUCUAACGGGGUACACCUCAGCUGAAAAUGCUCAUUACCAUGAUAUUCAUUCAGGAGGUUAUUUUAACAAACGUCCACACCACGCAGAAUAUUACUAUAGAGAAAAGUCUAAUCAAGCUGAACAAUCAACUGCCACGCCUAUAACUCCUGAUGAAUUGAGAGAUAGACUUGAAAGACUAUUUGUGACCAAGAAAGAACUCGAAGAGCCGAGAGAAGACAUCAAAGUUAGAAAUGCUAGAAAUUUUGCGUGGACGCCUAUUAAUACUGGAUGA